UGACGUUUGGUAAAAUGUCACAUUGACAUAUUAUAUUACAUGAUAACGAUUUAAACGACAAACCACAUUGUUUGUUUAUGUGUAAUUUACGGAUGUAAAUAUUUUAUCAUUUAACAUGGAUCAGGAAGAUAUAUUGGAUACCUCGCAACUAUCAUUCGAUGGAGACUUUGACGAUCAAGUACAAGAAAUAUUACAAUUUGUACGAUUGACAGCGGACAGAGUAGAGGAGCUGCAGCUCAUAUUUAAUAAUUUAGAAGAUGCUCUUCAACAGCUUGCACCAGGAUGUCAAGUCAUACCAUUUGGUUCAAUAGUGACCGGACUGGGCAUUAAAACAAGUGAUGUGGACUGUCACAUAGUCCUGCCCCCAAACAUAGCACCCACCAUCAGACAUGUGACGGGUGCCAGGAAUAUACUCAAGCGUUACUAUCGCACAUUUGCCCAGGUUAUUGCUAUUACAGCUGCUAAAGUGCCCAUUGUAAAGUUUAUACACAUACCCACUAAUUGCCAAUGCGAUGUUAACUUCCAAAGUCCAAUUGGGGUACAUAAUAGCCAGUUAAUUGCACUACUCUUACAUUGGGAUAAAAGGGCUUUGCCGCUGGCGGUACUUAUCAAGUACUGGUCAAAGGUCUAUAAAUUUACAGGAACCAACCUGAUGGCUAACUAUUCUCUUAUCCUGAUGUUAAUAUUUUAUUUACAAACAUUGAACAUCUUGCCUUCAGUUUAUGACCUACAAAAAUACAUGCCCCCUUAUUUUGUUGAGAAUUGGAAUGCAGCCUUUGAUAGUACUACGUACAAUAAUUCAAAUACCUCUGACCUCUCCUUGUAUGAGCUGAUGGGUGGCUUCUUCACAUACUACAGCACAUUUAAUUAUCAACAGAAUGUUAUAUCACCAUAUCUCGGCCGAGUGAUAACCAAAAAGGCUCUUGAAGAUUUAAGUACUUUACCUGAAGAGUUAUCACUAUACAAGGACCAUGUAUUGAGUGGCAUAUGUGUCAAAAUAAGGAUGGAAUCGAGAAUAUGUUUGCAGGAUCCCUUCCAACACAGCAAGAACUGCACUGUUGCUAUAUAUGAAAGACUAGCACAUAAAAUAAUUUCACUGUUCAAGUUCGCGUCAAAAAAAUAUGAAGAAGAAUCACCCAGUAGUUUUCUAAAAUCGAUCUUCACAGAAGACCCAUGCAUUGAGCAGUUACCUUCGCCGCCGCCAAAACACCAAAGACCUGGAAACACUGGUCAGAAGGUUGAAAAGGUGCCUGUUAUCCAAAACAGAAUCCACAAGAAUAAUCCAAAGAAAGCCAAGCGAAACUUACAGAAUAGCUUCAAUAAUUGGUUUGCACAAAAUAAUAAGAACUUGAGAGGAAACAUAAAGAGUACUUGAAGCGAGUAAUGUGUUGUGAUAUGAGCAUACUUUACGUGUGAUAAUAUACUGUAAGUGUGGGAAAGCCAGGGAACACAACGACAGGUGUAACGUGCGUCGUUUAGUGUCAUCAGAUAAGGACUGCCUUUGCAACAUGAACAUAUUGUUACUGUCAGUAUUAAUUUAUUUAUGUGCAUUGUACAUGUUUAAGUAAAUCUUACUUUAACAUGAGUGUAUUACACAAUCAGCUGAUCAAACAGAAUAAUUAAUGUUAAGAGGACAAUAUAACUAUGCUAUUUUGUGGCUAGUUUAUCUUAGAAUAUAAGUAUGUAUACUUAUCAAUAAUUUGAUAAUGAUUAUGGAAUACCUUUUCUGGAUUUCACGUGUAAUAUUUAAACUUAAUAUGAGUAAUAAAACAUAAUUUCUCAUAAAAA